UAUAUAUACUUAUUAUCACAAAGUUUGAGGUAAAAAACAAAUCGGGACAAUUCGUCAAUACUUCAUCUGCACUGUUCGGUAAACGACCUCGAACGUUAAAACACAGGAAGAACAGAUUUCGAUAACUCAUUUGGAGUGCGAGUUUUGCAAGGUAUCCGUGAAGCGGUUAUAAUGAACUGCAGUAUCCCGGUGUGUGCAGACGUGGAUAUUUUACCAUUUACGCCGAUUUCUUCUCCCUAUCACGGCUUCAGUGCAAGACUAGAGGGCGAACAAACCUGUCUCUUAACGCAGGUGAUAAACGUAGGAAACACACUCAUAGCAGUGGACAAUGAAAACAAGAAUAUUAAAAGAUUUGACAUCCGCUCCCGGACUUGUGUGGAUCACCUACUGUUGGAUGACCCUUGCGGUGCAUCUCCUCUUCUUCUCACAAGUCACGUGAUAGUGACGGAACCAGAAAUUAGAAUGUUGUCUUUCAUUAGUAUGGAAGGAAUUAUGAAUUUGAGUUCACGGAGAAAGACGGAGAAGAAAUACCAGCCCGUGUGUUGUGUGGACGAGGAGAGACUAGUGGCUGGAUGCUGCGAGUUGGGAGAAAGUUCAGUGGACAUAUUGAACUAUAUGGGAGUAGUUUUAAUCACUGUCAGUUCCUGUGUGAACAACUCUGUAGUGUUUCGAACGCCAGCUAGCCUGACUUAUUUGCCGGAUGACUGUGUCGUUGUCUCGGACUCUGGCCUCUGUAAGGUUGUUGGAAUUGGACUGAAAGGACAGCUUAAGUUUAUCUUUGAUCCAAAGUGCAUACCAAGUGGAAUAACCGCCGACAAAGACAACAAUGUUUAUCUGUGUUGCUAUGACAGUAAAUCUGUGCAGUGUCUCAAAUAUGAAAAUAAUCAAUUAUAUCAAACGUGUUCAGACUUCACUAUCAAGUGUCCACUAUCAGUGACGACCGCCAAAAACUAUCUGUACGUUACGGAGGAGAUGCCAAGCGAUAAAGUUACCAUAUUAAAGGCUACGGACGAAGAAUUGGACAUAGAGGAAGAAAAAGCAUUAACUAUAUCGAACAUACACUUAACGGUUUUAAAACAAGACAAUGACGUCAUCGAGUGAAUAAAACACAUCCAAGGAGGUUACUGGAUAAAAGGUUACUGCUGCUGAUAUUGAAAAUAUACUUUGCUAUGAAUGCAAAAUUGAAAUCAUUUUGUGAAUAAAUAAUUUUAUUACAUUUUCAA